AUGUCGAACCUGUUUUCCGGAAUAAAUGCCCGGCUGAGGGGAGCUUCCAGCAAACCUAGCCCCAACAGCAAGAGUCCGAUAUCUCCAACAUCGGAGGACGGCAAACUGAACUCUCCUGGGGGCCUCUCUCAGAGGAGUCUUUCGUCAAGCAACCUUUCUUCUCCUUCUUCCAAACUCCCACCUGUCCCUGCAUCUCCGUUACCACCAACCGCCAACAUGACCGGUUCCAUAGACGAUGAACUGGCCGCCUACCACCUCCCGAAGCCGCUCCCGCUUUGGCUCAACCCAGCCUACGCCAAGCAGAUCGUGAAAGGCAACUUUAUGACCCUCAGUCGUCGACCUAAGGCGGUCGAGCAGGGUGAAUGGGUUGCCUGUCAAGUCGUGGAGCACUAUCGUAACCUCUGGAACUUUGUCAGCAUUGUGUACCAGAAGGAGGAGAAUGGCCAGAGCAUCUGCAACCCGACCACAUGCCCUCGCAUGUCAGCUGGAGGUAACCACUCCUACACAUGGCUCAACAACCGUUUUGAGCCCAUUGAGCUGCCUGCCUACGAGUACAUGACGCUUAUGCAGCGCUGGAUCUCUGGCAAGGUCGACGACGAGAAGGUCUUCCCCACCAACCCUGCUGGUGUCUCGUUCUCUCAGCACCAGCAGCUCACACCUUCGGCCAUCGCCACCGACGGAUUUGAUGAGUACAUUGGAAAGCGUAGUGGGUUUCCCAAGGAGUUCUCGACUAUCUGCAAGACCAUCUUCACCCAGAUGUUCCGCGUGUACGCCCAUCUCUACUGGGCCCACUUUGUGGAGCCCUUCUACCACCUGAAUCUUGAGAAGCAGCUCAACAGUUGCUUCAGUCACUUUGUGUUGGCUGGGAUGGAGAUGGCCAUGCUCACGCCGCAGGAGCUGGAGCCGAUGCAGCCUCUGCUUGACUUGUGGGCUGCCAACGGAACCUUCCCUCCGGACUCCAAGGCCUAUGAGAGUGCUAACCUCAAGGCCGGUAAUCGGCUGCUGCAGCUGGCGGGCAUGGCUUGA